ACCAAAAGAUGCAGCAGAUUCUGCUCUUUCUUUUGGUAGGUGACUUCGAAAGAAAAGACCAAACUAUGGUUGAGAAAAAAGAAGAAUACAAAGGGGGUAAAUUCUAUUGAGCUGCACUGUAUUUCAGAUGACAUCUAUCAUAUAAAUAAUGAAUUAAAAAACCGAAAAGAAAUCAUUCAAUCAAACAAUAAUAAAAAUGUUUUUUUUUAUUCGUUCUAUUUAAUAUAUAGAGAUGACUUAUUACGUAUGUCAUUUUUUUUUCGUUAAAGUUUUUGUGUUUACCUCAGGUGAAAUUCAUCAUACAAAUAACCAAUUAAAAACCAAAAGAAAUCAUAUAAUCAAGCAACAAUGAAAAUAUUUCGUUUUUAAUGUUGUAUUGAAUAUAUACGGAUGAUUUCUAACGUAUAUCAGUUCUUUUGUUAUCUGUUAAAAUUUUUAUAUUUAUUUCAGAUGACAUUUAGCAUACAAGUGAUGAAGUAAAAAACGAAAAGAAAUAAUACAAUAAAAAAUGGAAAUGUUUCUUUUUUUAACGUUGUAUUUAAUAUGUAGGAAUGACUGAUUAUGUAUGUUUUUGUUUUUUUCGUUAAAGUUUUGGUAUUUAUUUCAGAUGACAUUUAUCAUACAAAUAAGGAAUUAAAAAAUCAGAAGAAAUAAUAUUAUCACACAAAGUGCUGAUCGAUAGGUGUUAUAAAGUUGUGAAUCUGUCCAAGCAUGGUUUAAAUAAACAUGAUUGCUUUUGUUUUUUUUUCUUAAUCACUUAAUCCGAUAUAUAAAAUUUUUCAUAUGUUUUUAUUGUAUGUCUACCAUUAUUACAUUUAUUUUAGAUUGUACUUAUUACAGUAAUAAUUGCAUCUUAAGAAAAAGUAAAGUUAUAGUAAUUAAAUAAUAAAAAUACAUAAUAUAAUAAAUUUCAUUUCAAUCCAAAGAAAGCCGCUCAGUUCCGGCUUAUCAAAGUUUCUUACUUAGAAUCGGGUAUAUCUUCUCUAAGUAGAAAAGAAGAUUCAGCUCGAAAGAAACUUUUGUGUUGUUUAUUUACAAAGUUAAGGGAGAUUUGUUUUUUCUCACUUAGGAGUUUUAGCCGUACUUAAUUUAUAUACGUGCUAAAUCUCAAAGAGAAACAAUUUUUGUGCAUUACUUUGUGAAUAAAUAAUCACGUUUCUAGUGGAUUCAAAAUGGUUCGAAAAAAAUCAGUAUUAUCAAAAAUCACAAAGCGAAAAGAAGCCUAUAAGCAACGACAACGAACUCAAUCCCGCAUUAGUUGUUCAUGGCGAGUUUUACUUUUAACUUUAAAGGCUGUGAAAAAGUUUUCCAGUUUUAAACACAAUUUUUCGGCUUUUCGAUGUUUGCCACUACCAAUAGACGUGUCAAAUAUGGAUUCGAUUCGCCCGGGUUGUGUUAGUUUUUGUAAUAAAAUAAAGAUUCAAAAUAGCUUUUCUUAUUCAAACAAAGUAAGCGAAGAAUUCGAUGAUCUAAGUAUAAUUAAAAAUGUUGUGAAGAAACUUAUAUCAAAAGUUUGUCGAUUAGACAAUGAAAGAAAGAGGCAAUCAAAAAAUCGAAAAAAACAAAAAGAAAUAAGGGACUUUUUUAGUAAUGAAGAACCAAUAGCAGAACCUCGUAGACCAAAUAAUCGAUUUAAUAAGAGUAACUCUGAUUAUGGUUUGUUUCAUAAACAACAAUCUGAACGUUCAAGAAGAUAUUAUCGAAAUAAAUACCAACAUAACACUGAUUUUCGUCGUCAGGAACAAGCUCGAUUAAAUGUUCAUGUUUCUUUAAAAUAUAAUAAUAAUAUUAAUUUUCGUGAAAAGAUGAAAACGCUUUCUAAAAUUCAUCAUUUUAAUAAAUAUCACACACAUAAGGUUUUUCGUGAAAAAGUUAAAGCACGAUCGAAAAGUAGCUUAUUAAAUAAAUAUUAUAAUAAUAUAGAUUUUCGUAAGAAAUUAAUAACACAAUCAAAAAAUACUGUUUUAAAUAAAUAUUAUAAUAGUAUAGAUUUUCGUAAUAAAGUCAAAAGACAAUCAAAUAUGAAUAUUUUAAAUAAAUAUCACACUAAUUCUGAUUUUCGAAACAAAUAUAAAGCAAAUAUGAAAAAUCAAGUUUUGAUCAAAUAUUAUACGGAUAAUUCGAUAAGAUUGAAAAUGAUCCAAAAUGCAUUAAAAUCAUAUCGAAAUAAUAAUACAGUCCUGAGACGAAAUUCAAGACGAAUUUAUAAUCAAGGUAGACGGAUUUUAAAAAAAUAUACUCUUAUUCAAAGCCAUAAAUGUACAGUUAAACAUAGAAAUUUAUAUCUGUAUAACUUGAAUAGAUUUCGACAAAUAAUUCAAGAAGGACCUGAUUAUGUUUGUAUAUCAUGUCGGUUAGCACUUUUUCGUAAUCAGGUGAUACCAUUUGUUGUAGAAAAGUAUAUAAAAGAAAACAUGUCAUAUGAAAUAAAAGAACAUAUUCAAUCUUACUUUAUGUAUUCAUCGUCAAGAGAACAAAAAUGGAUUUGUAAAUCAUGUUCAGACAAAAUAAAGAAACGACAAAUGCCAAGCCGAGCAAUCGUGAAUAAGUUGAAAGUGUGUGACGUUCCGUCUGAAUUAAAGAAACUAAAUAAUCUUGAAAAACAUUUGAUUGCUUUACGAUUACCUUUUAUGAAAAUUGUAAACUUAACAUCAGGAAAAUUAUCGAGUAGAUUUUCACAAAAAGGUACUAAAGGCCCACUUCAUUGUGUGCCAUCAGAUGUAGAAGACACUGUAACUACAUUACCUCGUCCAGUUGAUAAAUCGAUGAUGGUUCGAUUGCAAUUGAAACGACGUCUAAAUUACAAAGCUAUAUGGGAAGAACAAUUAGUAAAUCCAAAUGAUGUAAGAGAUGCAUUAUUUGUUUUAACUAAGAUGCAUCCAGGAUAUAAAAGUAUAAAGAUAAAUGAUAUUCAUGAAAAUUAUCUUACAUCUGAUCAAGAAAAAAACUACGACAAUAACGUUGAAUUAGUAGUUGAACCAAUGGAUGUUGAAACCAUAUCAAAAGAGACUGUCAUUGAACAAACAGAAGUAUUUAAUGAAAAUAAUCUAAAAAGAUUAGCUUUGGGUGAUAUUGAUAAUACUAUUGACAGUGAUGAAGAAAUAAAUGAGGAUGGACAAGACAUUCGUACUAAAUAUAAUAUUGGUACAGAUUCAUGUACUCAACCAUGUGAUUUUAACGAUUUUUUAGUGUUUGAUAAAGAACCAUGCGUAGUAGCACCAGCUGAAAAAAAUAAA